AUGAAAGAUUUGAUUCGGCGCCUGAUUGAAGCGUUUUCGGAGCUGGAUGACGUCAUGAUUGUGCUGCACCUGCAGACAGGCACAGACAAGCGCCCAAACGAGCCUGGCUCAUGGACCCUCGCCAACCAUCUUUCGCGUCUCUGCGUCCAACGCCAAAGCACGACGCACAAGUACCGCCUCUUCCUCCUCAUUGCCACACGCUCGCUGGUGUACGACUCUCCAAUGGAGUUGGUGGAGAUGGUGCGUGACGCAAGAGCACGCGGCAUGCUCAUGCACCUCCGCCCCCUCAAUGCGGGAGCACGCAGGGCGUAUCUUCGGCGCCAACUCAAUGCCAACGACGCCUAUCCCUUGCCACCCAUGCUUGUCCAGUACUUUGACGACAUGGCAGCAGGCAAUCCAAAGCACAUCGAGGAGCUGGUGGAUCAGCUGCAGAAGUACAACGCAGUCACACUUGACUCGGACGGUCGUGUGCACAUCACCCACCCUGACAUCGCAACGAUCCCGCCGCCAAAGAAGAUGAUGGGCUACGUGUCGUCACUCCUGGACCGGUUCCACGUGCGCCACUCCCUCGUCGUCAAGAUGGCAUCGACAUGCGAGUACUUCACCGAAGGCAUUCUGCGCCGUAUCAUGCCGUACCAGGAGGAAAUUCCACACCUGCCCGAUGUCCUUGAAGACCUGGUCGACGCGGGCGUGAUCAACGCGAUGCGAGGCGACGACAUUCCGCACGACGUACUGACGUGGGAGCCAUCCACUGUCGUCUGCUACUGCUUCGCCUCCAAGCUCUUUCAGAUGCACACGCGCACGCUGCUGCUGCACUCGGAGCAGAAGAAGCUGGACAGUAUCAAGCAGAAGGCUGCGCUGCUGCACGCCGCCCGCAACGUCAUUCGCGUGCAGACGCAGACGCGGCAGUGGAUCAAGACGCUCAGCCAGGGCAAGACUCGCAACCGCGCUGUCUCCCUCCCAAACAACGACAUUGUCCGGCGUGGCUACGACACGAUGCUUGCGCACCUCAUUGAGAGUCACGAGGCGCAGCGCAACGGCGACCGCGCCUACUGCGAUGAUGAUGACGAUGACUUCUCCGACUACCACGACGAUGACGGCGAGUGCCACCAUGGGCGAGGCGACCUUAACGUCAAGCAUCAGCACCAGCAUCAGAACCACCACCAGCGUCAGCAGCGUCAGCAGCACGAGCGGCAGCGACGGAAGUGGCUGCACAGCCAGCGUGACAGCUACCAGCGCGGUGUCGGCGCCAACGCACAUGGGGUGACUGCCAGUGGUGUCAGCAACCACGGUGGGGCACGUAGCACCACAACAGCUGGACAGAGGAAGCGUCUCCGAGCGCAACAGGGCGCCACCGCUGGCAGAAUGGGCAUGCGCAGUGCCUCUGGGCACUUGGAGUUGAAGCGCAGCUACCACAGCGCCAUGACCCCGCUGUCAUCAUCGCCACAGACAUCGCCUGGUCACCGUCGCCCUGGCCCUCGCAGCAACCUGCGUCUUCGCGAUGGUGGGCAGAAGCGAUACAGCCGUGACUUUGCCAGUGCUGAUUUUGACGGCGAGGAGAAGGAAGGCGCCUUUGCCCGUCCUGCCCGCCAUCGUCACCACCACCACCACCAUCAUCACCACCACCAUCAUCAUGGCAACAGCCGCAGCCAUCGCCGUACUUCCCCUGGCAGCACGGACGCCCACCGCAGCGUGCGUGGCACCGGUAUGAAGCGCGUUGACAUGAGCAUGGCAGGUGGAUCAAGUGCAUGGAAGCAGCUGCGUGAGGGCAUGGAUCACGACCAGACAGCAACCGCGGCUGGCACGGCUGCGCGCCAGAUGAGCCGUGGCAUGAGCGCUGGCUCUGCCGCUGGCAGCUUCUACACGCAUCUCGAGCAACAGCAGCAGCGCGCACAAGCAGAGGAGCGUACGCGCAGAGAGAAGGGCAUGCGCUCUGAUGAAAUGAUGCACGUUGUUGUCACGCCGCCAUCGCGUGGCUGGUCGUUCUUCGAUUCUGAAGAGCCACCUGCCGUUGACACGACCAACCUUGCUCCUCCGAGCGUGGAGGAGGGUGAGGGUGACUACCCAAGCUGCAGUGAAGACGACGACGAAACCAAUGGUGGUGGCGAGGAGAGCACUAGUGACCCCUCGAGCGCUGCUGUCACGGUUGGAGAACAAGUGCCCACAGACACCGAGUCCAACAGCGUGCCUGCAGGCAACCGCGACACUGAUGCCGACGACAGCAUUGAGAUGGCGCGCACGAGUGGCAUCUACGAGCUUGCACGCUCCCGUCCAGGCUCCUCCCGUUCUCCGACAGCGGCAGCGGCGCGCGCGUUUGCGUCGUCGUCCAUUAAAGGGCCAAGAACAGCGGCUGUCGGCGGGGGUUUGACGAAGCAGCGGCGCCGCAGCAGCCGUUAUGGUCGUGCAUACAUACACAGCAUGGAUGCGGCAGGUCACGCUGCUCGUCGCCUGUCCGGAGGCAACUUCCUCUACUUUGACGACAGCAAUUUCAUGGGCACGGUUGGCUCGAGCGCCAGCAGCACAGCGGGCAGUGGCUGGUCGUCGCCUCACUCGCCGCGCCAGCGCCCAAGCGUGCAGCUUGGUGACGGCGUCAGUGAUGGUGCUGAUCACGUGGUCGCUGGUGUCAAGGCUGCAACAGAUACCGAUGAUUCCGCCGCCCAGCACAUGCACGACAGCAACAGCAACCGCCACACAAACGUUCGUCGUGGUGCUGGUGAUGAUGCCUGCAAGCAGGAGUCGAAGCAGUUGCGCAACCGCCGCCGUUCCAGGAGCAGCCCGGUUGUGGGCGGACCUGUCACAAGCGCCCAGGUGUCGCCCACGACACCUGUUGUUGCUGCCCCUGUUGCUGCUGGUGAUGGUGGUGGUAUGUCGCCAAAGGCCAGGGCAUGCACCGAUGCACCUCAGCCGCCAUCGCCAUUAAAGCCGCAAGCACCAGCGCAGCCGACACAAAGCGAGUCCACAAAUGAAGAGUCGCCUUACGGCUUUGACAACGAGAUGCUGGCUGUGCAUGCAAAGGCUGCAAGCACAAUGGCCCUCACAGCGCCGCAGGGUGGCCGUGGAUGUGGUGACACCAAUGAUCAAGGUGAAGGCAUCGAAGGUGAAGGCAUUGAAGGGGCUGAGGAACCGUGCUACGAUAACAUGAGGCAGGAGGAGCAGGUGCAAGAGGUGGUGGUGGUGACGAAUGAAGCCAAGAUGGCUGGCGGUGGCGGUAUCAGCACUGGCGGUGAUGACUGCGAGCAUGACAACAGCAAUGUCACCAACGCACGCAAGCAAGAGGGCUACACCGACCACAAAAGCGACGACGACAACAACAACGACGACGACGACACCAACAACACGGGAGACAACAGCAGUGGUGGUGGCGUUCAGCGCACAUCCCUUCGUACAAGCCGCAACCGCCUACGUCGCACAGGACACGUGAGCAAGAAAGAACGCUACCACGCAGCCAGGAAGCAUCACAGUAGCAGGCACACUGGUGGCCAUCCCCACAGAGAUAAACUUGGUGAUGGCGAUGGCGAUGGCGAUGGCGAUGGCGAUCGUGAGUUGCACGCCACCAACACCACGGCAUCACCCACAAGCGGUGCGUCGAAAGCCGCUCCAACCUCGGCUGUCACGACCAAGGACGUGGUGUCAAUGCUGCUGAACGACCAAGCCAUGCGUGAGCGGCGGUGCCAUUCGCUGGACGGCGAGUCCCAUCGCUUCCUGGAGUCUGAGCGGCGCAACAGAAGUCGACGCGCACACCUUCAACUUCAUCACCAGUCGUCACGCGAGAGUGAGAGCACUGACAAUGAUGGACCAAACAGACAGGGCAGUGCUUGUGUUGACGUUGAAGCAAGCAGCACCCGCAACAGCAGCAGCAACAACGACAGCAACGCUGCACGUGCCAGCCAGACUCAAGCAGCAUCCUCCUCCUCCUCCUCAUCAUCAUCAUCAUCAUCGUCGGUGUUCCAUCGUGCCCAGUCCAACCAGCAGCAGCACCACCACCACCACCACCACCAGCAGCAGCAGCAGCAGCAGCAGCGCCGCGGCCCACGGCGUCCGAGUCGUGAAGCGCUGACGUCUGCAAUGAGCACGCGGCUUGACGCUGCACGAACAUCGCAACCACUGACGUCUAUCCACGAAAGCAGCACACGUGAUGGUGGUGAUUGCGGUGAUGCUGAUGAGGGAGGGAAGAAGGGUUCGUGUGAUGUUCGUGGACAGCGCGGCGCCAAGAAGGACACGUCGCACGAAUUUGAAGUGUGA